AUGUCAGAAAAUUCUAUCCAAAAAGAACAAACAAUUUUGGAUCAAGACUUACUUGUUGAUCGAAAUGAAUUUAGAAAAACACAGCUAGAUUUAUUUAAACACAAUUUUUUGGCUUCUUUUGACGAGGCUGGCUAUGCAAAAUUGGAGCAUUUAGUGUUGGACUCGAAAAUUAAAAAAGAGGUUGUUAAUACAGCUAGAAGACUUCAAAAGGCUAAAAUUUCUUUGAAAAUGUGAGUGAGGAUUUUUUUUGAAAAAUUUUUUUUGAGGAAAUUUUUAGAAUUAAUAAUAGGUAAAUAGGGAUUUUGGGAAUUGUGAUUUAUUUGAAAUUUGAAAAUACCGGUUAGGACUGGAGAAAUUAUUAAACGUUUGUUUAAAAUUAGGUAAUAAAUCGAAUGUUUU